ACAGAGGUAACCCAUCUCUCUCAGUAUAUUCAACCAUUUGACAAAUUUACUCGUAGAGAAAAAUCCUAAAUAAGAUUAGUCAUCUAAAAGUCCCAUCACCCAUUCAAUUUUAAGAUUAUUGGGACAAGUCAUUUCAAUUAACACUGUAGCAGUAUAUAUAAUGUAAGGCUAGAAGUUUCUUGUAUAUUUGGAGACUCUGGGCUUUCGUAGUCUUUGUAUAUGUGCUUAUCCACAAUUUUUAUUUAGGAAAUCAAAAGCGAUAAUCUUAGAGGUUGAAAGCGAUUUGAGAGGUCAAUAGUUAGUGACUAGCAAAGUAGAUUUUUUUCUUUUCGAUUAAUAGAAGACAAUUUAUACAUUUCCCCAAGUUAGAAUUUUUGUGGAUGGAAGAUUUUCCUGGUAAAGAUUAUUUCCUUGGAGAGGAAGAUAGUUAAAAACUCAAAGAAGGGCUUCAAUUAGAUCCUCUUGCUUGCUAUCAUUCCAAACUUGGAGAUAAGAGAAAGCUGACCCCUGGUUUGCUUAUCUGUAGGAUCCCCUGGGGAAGCUGCUGGUGGUGGUUUUUACAGGCAUUUCAAAUACCAUUUUCUAUGGUUCUUUGGCUGUUCUGAUUCUAAUUGAUGUUGGAGGGGUUCACUGAGGAUUAAGCUCCUCAAUCAUGGAAGGUCUUUGUGAAACACCAGAAAAUGGUAAAGUAGCAGAUCCCGACCUUCGGAAUAUUCAGUACUUGCCAUCCUCUACCGGAUUAUCAUUACUUUGGUUUGAUAUGAGAGUCUUCUAUGUUAGAGUCAGCAAAUUUCAGGUUGAUGAUUCAACCCCCGAGUUUCUGACUCUCAAUCAUAUCCCCUUAGACCCUGACACCCUUUUGGAAGUUAAUGGCAUUAGAAGCAGCAUAUACUCUGAUGGGGUCUCUAUACUCCUUAGAAGGGAUCGUGUAGAUAAGAGAUCGGAAGAAGUCACCUUUGUGAGCACAGAUAAUGUUAGGCUGACAGGAAGUGUGAAAUUUGAGGUGUUUGAUAAAAAGGAUCUUAUUCUCUCUGGUAUUUUGGAAAUGUCUAGUAGUAAUGGCUUCAUUGGGGAAUCGAAAAAUAACAUGAAGCAAUGGAGUAUGAAUUGUGAAUCAAAUAUCACAUCUGGCAGGGGUUUCCUGAAGGGAAAGCUCAUUUCUUCUCCCAAAUUAUCACCACCAACCAUUGAGGUUUAUGUUGCGGGGUGUUUUUCUGGGAAACCAAUCAUCUUGACCAAAACAUUGCAACUUAAUUACCGGAAGAAGCAUAAUCGGAAGGGAACAUUAGAUGCAAUCCCGGAAUACGAGAGCACUGAAUGCCAGAAAGAUAUGUCACCUGAACUUGAUAUGCAGUUUUCAGAAUACAGAAACUACAAACCACCAAACGAAGAAGACUACAGUAAUAUUUUCUGGAGGAGGACAGAGUACAUGGAUGGCGAAGAUGGUGAGCUCUCAUGGUUCAAUGCAGGUGUAAGGGUUGGUGUAGGGAUCGGUCUUGGUGUUUGUCUUGGCGUCGGUAUAGGAGUUGGAUUGUUGGUUCGUACUUACCAAGCUACCACUCGAAGCUUCAAAAGGCGGCUUAUCUGAGCCCUUGCAUCUAAAUCGGUAUUACAGCCCGCUCUGUUGAGAUCCAAAAGCAUUAACGCCAUCUUGUAUACAAGGAUGCAUCAUUCAGUACAGAUUUUGACUGAGUAGCUCCCCGCGCUGCUUUGCAAUUAGUUUGUUAGAUAGUUUUAUUACUGCUAUUGGGAAGUAAAUGAUUGUUUAGGUAUUACAUGUUAAAGCCUGUAUGACUUGUAUUUCCCUGUAUAUAACUCUGCUUUUGAGGCAACUGAUGUGUGUUCUGUUUUCAUGGUAAAAAAAAAAAAAAAAGUACACUUAGUUUUUGUACAA